CCGCGUUCAAACCAUCACUUUCACAUCACCAUUUUCUAAUCAACACUAAUCUAUCAGCAGUUAUUAUUCACUAAUUAUAGAUCACCAUUCAUAACUCACCACUUCACGUAAUUUUAAUUUUGCGCGUUUUGUACGCCAUAGUCACUCCAUAGUUUUCCCAUUUUCUUGCCGUUGUGUUUCGACUCGCAUUUCACAAACACAACCAUCUUCGAACUGAUAAAAAGUGAUAAGUUGAUAACUGAUAAGGAUUGUGAUACAGCUGAGCGUACCGUACGCUUCGUCAGUACUCCUACUCGUGUCGUAGUGUAAGUACAGUACUUACUGUCGAUUUCACUAGUUCGGUUGCUGACGUACAAUCAUUGAUUUACUUAUCAGUUUUAUCUGCAGUCGAGCGCACUUCGCUGCAAAGUCUUUGCAUGUCCAGACUGCCUGUCAGUGUCAGUCGAUUUCGUGAAGUAAAUAGAGACCGUCUGAAUGUCGCCGUUGUUGUUAAGCGAGAUCAACCGUAAUUUGUUUAAAAUCCUGGGUUAACCGAACGUCGUCUGGGAAUCCGAUUCAGCCAGUUGUGGUACUGAAGUGGUUCCUGAAUCCUGGCCAGUGCCUUAACUAUUAGUCUUUAACACCCUGUGGGUGCAAUAAGUAAAAUUGCAUCUGAAUAAAAUUUGCGAGUAAAACUUUGCUCCUUGGGCCCUUGGCCCUUGAAUCUGGAAUCUUCGUUUGGGGUUUUCCUGGGAAGUAGGGAGUCAUCGUUGACUGCGCAUGACCAGCCCAUACAACUCAGGUUAACUCGACCGGCAGCCUGUUAAGUGUCAGAAGCAGAAAUCAGUGUGAUCUUAUCGGUAUUUCUGUGCAUACGUGGAUCCGGCAUUUUGGGAAGAGUUGAAGGCAGGCUGUGAAUUCAGCGCACAACCAAAUGGCGUCGAAAGACGAAUUGGGAUAUUUUGCCUUUCUGUUGUUCUCCGUCAUCUUUGGAUGGAUCGUGGGCCGUCUUCCGGCUGGUGCGCCAAGAUUAUGGCUCUCCAGCGGCAUCGGCCUCCUGGCGAUCCUGCUUUUUUGCGGCUCCAGCUGCUUGCACACGUUUUUCACCAUCGUGGUUAACGCGCUGAUAGUCACCAAAUUGCGGGAUUGUCAUAAAUGGUCCUUCGCAUUUUGUUUCGGGUAUCUUGCCUUCUUCCGCACCGCUGAGCACUUUGGUCUUCCCGAGACUACGGAGUUUUCCAAUGCAGUGCAGCUGAUCCUUACUCUGAAAGCUGUCGGUGUUGCCUUUGAAAUCAACGAUACUCAGCUGCGACGAAAAGGACUUUCGCCCUUCGCUUCGUCGUCGCCGAAUUUCUCUCCAACCAAUACUUACGCCAACGUUGAUCCAGGAUUUGUUAAUAUUAUUCAUUACUGCCUUUGUUUUAUGGGGAUCAUGACAGGCCCUUACUUUAAAUACAAAACAUUCGAUGACAUGAUCAACUCCGAUAUUUUGAACAAGAUGCCACGGGAAAAGUUGGCACUGCAGCGGAUGCGCAUUUUACCGUUUUAUUGUGGAUUGUUUUUGACGUUGUCCGCUGUCUUCAACAUUUCGACUCUUUAUGACGAAAUAUUUUAUGCGACCACGAAUGCACCGUACCGGUUCCUCGUUGUGAUGGCCCUGUUUGUGUGGUUCCGUAUGAAAUUCUAUAUUGCAUGGGUAUUGGCGGAAUCCGCUUGCAUAGCGGCUGGAUUGGGUAUUUAUCCCGCUAUUUGUAAGCCUAAACCAGGACACGGGCCAACAGAACCUGAAAAGAUACCAGUGGAAGUUGAUGAAGAAACCGAAUAUAGCUUCGAAACGAUAUACAAUAUCGAUGAGUAUGCCGUGGAAUUUGUUCCCACUGUUCGUGAGGCCUUAAAAUCCUGGAACAUGACUGUCCAGUACUGGUUAGCCUGGCAUGUAUACCGUCGUGUCCCGAUGAAAUCCAUCCGCACUGUGGUUGUCAUGUUUGUAUCAGCUUACUGGCAUGGUUUACACGGAGGCUACUAUCUCAGUCUGUUGACCGUUCCCUUGAUGCUCAUGGCUGAAAGCUGGAUAUCACGUUACGAUAGCUUUGGGGCCAAAUUUGCCAACUGGUUCCUACGGAUGCGGGCCUUUGAAUACAUGUCCGUUGGGUUUAUGUGCUUAACGGGAGCCAGAACAUGGCGGUACUGGAGCAGUUUAUAUUUUGCUGGACACAUUAUUGCCGUCGUUGUCUUCGUCGCCGGGCAGGUUUACCGCAAGAUGACCAGAGCCAAGCGGCAUGCGGCGGUUAAUAAUAAAGCGGUGAAUGUCGAGGGAGCGACGGGAAAAGCUCACUUUGAAUGAUUGGAUUAGGGUAAUCGUUACGUUGUUGUGUUUUGCUGAUUCGGCGUAGUUGUUGAAUAUCUAAUUUAAAUUGUUAGGGCUGUUUUCCAAGAUGCUGGUGAUGAAUAAGAUCUUGUGAUGGUGCAUGUGAAUGUCUGUGGCGGUUUUCUACACGCUGCCUUUCCUUGUCGGUGUGGGAUAAACCGGUGACAUUGUUUGGCGCAUGUAAUAAAUGGCUUGGGCAAAGAA